AUGAGCCAUCUUCUCGCCUAUGCACCAUUCGUUCUCGAGUCUGGAGACGCAGACGACCAAAUGGCUGAUCCCUUCAGCAUCGUGGCCGGCGUCGCCGGUCUGAGCGACGUCUGUUGCCGACUGGUCUCGUAUGUGCAAAGCCUGAAACAGGACGUGAGAACAAUCUCCUCACAGCUAGCAGCGCUGACGGAGGAGAUUGAAACGCUGCGGAAGUUGUGCCAGGCUGUGCAAGGGGCCAUCCCAACUUCGACUUCUGUGUCCUUGCGGUCACACAGUACGCCCACAGCGGGCGAUAAGCAAACUGCAAACGAGAAGCAACUCUUCCUGUGGUCUUUUGUCGAUGGAUGCGUCAAUGAAUGUCACCGCUUGGUGGAAAGGCUGCAUGUGCUGCUCGUGCAAGUCUGUGGCGGAGACACCGGUGCCCCGGCCUCGCCAAGCGGUAAGCUGGCCAGGCUCAAGACAGUCUUUGCGAGAAGGUCUGUCGAUGAUGACUUGAACAGAUUACACCGUGAUCUGGGCAUACAACAUGGCACUUUGAAUACUCUCCUCGCCCUUAUCUCCGCACAAGAUGGAAGACUCGCACAUAUCGCCAACCUCGAGUCGAUAGCCAACGUUGCCAACGAUGUCCACUUUCUGAGGCGCAGAGUUGAAUCCCAGACACUACUGGGCGGGACCACCAGUCCCCAAACCCCGAGUUCCCCAGGCAGCAGAGAUGCUUUGGCUGCGUUGGAGCACCUGGACAUCUGGUUCAACUCGAUGCCCGCCGAGACGCCUCUUCGAGUCGCCAACCGAUAUUUUGAUAUCCCCCAGGCCGUGAGCAGCUACUACGUCGGCAGAGAAGAUCUGCUACGUGAGUUACGAGACGUUUUCAUCCAACCACCCGGACCGUUGCAUAAGCAAAGACAACGAAGGUUCGUCGUCCAUGGUAUUGGGGGCUCUGGCAAGACACAGUUCUGCUGCAAGUUCGCGGAGGAGAACCGUGACAGCUUCUGGGGCGUCUUCUACAUCGACGGUAGCUCAAAGGCACAGCUUGAGCAGACUCUUGGGCGGAUAGGUCGACUUGCUGGGCUGGACAAGAGCACGGCCAACGAAUCAUCGAUGAACGCAGCUCUGCAUUGGCUGUCUGCGGAGCAGCGACGUUGGCUCCUUAUCAUCGACAAUGCAGAUGACCCCAGUAUCCCUUUGGAGUCCUACUUCCCGAAAGGAAACCGAGGCCAUAUUUUAAUCACGACUCGUGUUCCUGGUCACUCCAUACAUAACCAGAACGUUGAUCUCCAGCCCUACAACUUCAGCUCACGGUUAUUGUCUCCAGAAGAGGCUACAAACCUUCUCCUGCGGGCUGCUAGCCGGCCGUCUCCUUGGGACGUAACAUGGCGAAAGAUUGCUCAUGCCAUCACAGAGACCCUCGGGUACCUCUCACUCGCCAUUUGUCUUGCAGGGGCAGCCAUCCGAACUAAUCUCUGCGAUCUGAACAACUUUGACGAGUUUUAUGAUCUGAGCUGGCAGCAAGUCCAAUACUCGAGCUACGCCCCUGACGACUCAGACCACAAAUUCGAAGUCUGCGCCGUCCGCACCUGGGAGAUGCUCUACCUCAAGCUAGAGACAGAGAACACGCAGCGCAGCCGCGACGCCACCCAACUUCUCAACGUGUUUGCCUUUCUGCAUCGAGAGAAUAUCCCACGAGAGCUGUUGGAGCGGGCACUUGCAAACGCCGAUUUGGAGACUGCGCAAGCCGAGAAGGAUAAUCAGCAAGCAGCGUUUGAGUCGCAACGACAGAUUACCAGCUAUUUCGACUGGCUAUCGUCCAAGCAGCGAAGCCUUUUGAUGUUCCUCUUCAGACCGCGAGGUCCAACCCCUUUUCCAGACGCCAUACGAUGGGGACGGAUGCACGGGAACGCCAGAAAAGGUGUCUUGCGGGUCAAACAGGCUCUUUCAGAGCUCACACAACGGUCCCUCAUCGAUUACAAUGAGAUCAGCAAAAGCUACACCAUGCAUCCGAUCGUUCACAAAUGGGCUCGUAUGCGACAGCGGUUGAGUCGACAGUCUCUGUGGGCAGACACGGCCGGUAUGGUGUUGUCCGCAUCCAUCUUGCUUCCUCCACUCGGCCUAGAGGCGGAAGACGACACGUAUCAUCUGAGCCUACUUCCCCAUGUCAAACACGUCCAAGCCUGUCGUGAAGCAAUAUCCGAGGAAAUGGAAGCGAAACGUGCCCUGACCUGGAAAUCGCGAUUGCAUUUUGGCGAGACCCUGUACGCGGAGAAUUUGGUCAUGUUUGGCAAGUUUAGUCUUGUCUAUAUGCGAUCUGGUGGCUUCAACGAGGCGGAACGCCUACUGACCUUUGUGGUCGACACGCUCGUGCGUAUGCUGGGUCCGCACAAUAGUCGCACGAGGCGCGUAAGCCUAGCUCUGUCAGAUGCGCACUGGCUGAACAGCAAACCGGAAGACGCUGCGGCAUUGCAGGUCCGCCAGCUGACAUUGUGCCAGAAGCACUUGGGCCCGCGGCAUCCCGACACGCUGAGGGUCAUGAGCAAGCUGGGACACACUCGCUGGCAACAAGGCCAACUCUCGGGCGCCCUCGAACUGCAGAGACAGGCGGUACAGGGUUUGAAAAGUUCUCUUGGUGAAACUCACCAAGAUACAUUGAUAGCCAUGGACCAACUCGGUCGGACCGUGAUCAAAUUCUACCGGAGAGCCGACAUUGAAGAGGCCUACCAACUGCACCGUACGGCCAUGGACGGGUUAAGGGCACUUCACGGCCCGGACCACGCUGGUGCUCUGGACGCACAGGAGAGCGUGAGUCGUACCGCUCUACUCCUUGGAGUCGACUACGCCGUCCAAGCUGAGCAGCUGAUGGCCGAAGUUCUGCAGAGACGUCAGUCUCGGUACGGCAAGACAAACCCCAUGACGCUGCUCGCCAUGGUCAACAUGGCCAUUGCCAAGUGCGCCAUUCAACAGCCCAAGGAAGCGGAAGAUCUGAUGCGGGAAGGCCUCCUCGUGGCGGAGAGCAUGUACGGGAUCAGCCAUAUUGCCACCGCUUGGGGGCGCUGCAUUCUCGGGCUCACCCUCAUCCAGCAGAAGCGAUACAAUGAGGCAGAGGCCGUCCUUGAGGAGGUCUCCGAGACGCAAAAGUCCAUGGCCGCUCGUCGGGGCAACUUCCACCCGGACCGGUUGGGGACGCUCACCGAGCUGGCCCGGUGCUACUAUCUCCAUGGGAAGAUGGAGGAGAGCAUUGAGACCUGCGAUGAGGCCAUCAGGGGUCUACGGAGUAUCAGCAAGCCAGGGGUCGAACACGCCCUCUCCGCGCAACUCAAAAUGGCGCGGGCCACAAUGUUACUUCACUUGGAGCAGGGCUCUUCUGGCGUGUUGUACACUCCUGCAUUAGCGCCGCCUGUAUUCCCCGCGAUUAACUUCUGCCAGAGUGACUGA